GUCGACUAUUGUCGCAAAAAUGGCAUUAUUGUCGUUGCUUAUUCAUCGCUGGGCACCCCAGGAUCGGAAGAAUUUUUCAAAAGGAUGAACAAAAAUGUGAUAUUGCCGAAUAUUCUCAAAGAUCCAGUCGUGUGUAAAAUCGCCAAAAAGCACAAUAAAACAACGGCGCAAAUAGCCUUGCGUUUUUUGAUUCAGAACGAUAUUGUUGUUAUUCCAAAAAGUGUAAAUACCGGAAGAAUAAAGGAAAAUUUUGAAAUUUUCGAUUUCACAUUAGAUUAUGGUGAUAUCCAAAUGUUAGAGGGACUUAAUAAGGGUGAUAAUGGUCGGAUUUUUCGAAUGCAUUUUCAUUCUAAAAUUGCGAAUCAUCCAGAAAAUCCAUUCAUAAACGAUAAAUUCCAGAUUUAAAGAAUUUGUAUUAUGUCAAAAAU